AUGAAGUGCUUGCUGGUCGAAAUUAUUUUGUCACUCGGCGUGUUUGCCGGCGUCUACAGCGAGAUCUAUCGACGUCACUGCUUAAUCAGCCAACCUGAAGAAUGCUCAAAAGUUGACCCGAAUAUCGUCCCACCGAACAAUCGCUUCUUUUUUACCGAAAUCAUCGACGGCCUGGCCCAUUUCCACAUGUACAUGCACCCCGAUCUCCUGAAAGUCUACAACUGGUACGAGAAAACAGAGGGCCACUCGGGUCCCCCAUGCCGGCAAUUCUCUUACCAGCAGCGCCCGGAUGAUCACACUUUUCAACAGGUAGCACGGCACUGCUCGAUCAGUGAACCGACCCGGUGCGUCAAAGAGCAGUACGAUGACACCGCUAUCCAUCCGAAUGAGCGCUUCUUCUUCACCGACACCGACUUCCACACCUUGCGUAUUUACUUGUGCCAGCCCUCCGAAGUGUUUUGCCUGACAUUUGCUGACGUGGCGAAGCAGCCAGGGCCUGGGUGCUAUCUCGGAAAUCAGAUCAACCGCACCGAGUCGAAAUGCGAAUGCCGCGUGUUUACGGACUCUAUGCAUCCGGACUUGAUGAAGGUCUUCAACUACUACUUAACAAGGGACUCGAUUCAAUGGGCUUGUCAGCGGAAUCGGACUUACUUGCGAAUGGUGGGCGAUCGAUUUGUACCGUAUGCAGAGACCGAUAAGAUGUCGGCCCUUAUCGAUAUGGAGUAUAAGAAGAAUUCAACCAGCACUACGGCUACGUUU